CGCAUAUGUGUCUCGUACGUAGAGACGGAUGCACGUCCGGUUGUUGUCGGCGCCGCAUGAGUCAGACAGGUCGCUUGCUGAACAAGUAACCACUUCUUGCGGGUAAAUCGUUCGAUCCAAACUUAUAAAAACUUACUGAGCAAUUUUGUUCAUUGAAAGAUCUUGGUUUGCUUCGCGCCGUGGGAUAAGAUUGGUGCAACCGCUGUUUGACAGACCGGACUCUGCGCCGAAGAAGUCAGGAGAAUGAAGAGGGAGUCGAGCCCGAAAGCCUUCGGGGGAACAACAACAAUCCUCCUUGGUGUCCUGGUGCUAAUACAGGUGACACAAGUGAGUGCAGUCGUACGGGAGUACUACGUAGCUGCUGUGGAAGAAAUAUGGAAUUACGCCCCUUCUGGCAAGGACAACAUUCCCUAUAUAUCCCCCAGCAAUGAAGCUUACUCACAAAGCAGCAUUGCAGACACCUUCCUGGAGCAAGGUCCACAAAGAAUAGGUAGCCAGUACAAGAAAAUCAUGUACCGCGAGUACACGAACGGAAGCUUCACGGUCCAGAAGCCGCGCGAGGAGUGGAUGGGGUUCCUCGGGCCGAUCCUUGCCGGCGAAAAGGGCGACACCAUUAGCGUCUUAUUCAAAAACAUGGGCCCACGAAACUUUUCUAUGCAUCCGCACGGCUUGCAGUACAAGAAAAAUAGCGAAGGUGCUUUUUACCAAGACGGCACUUCGAUCUUCGACAAGGCGGACGACACGGUGCCCCCAGGACAACAGUAUAAGUACGAGUGGCUCGUCACCGAGUCAUCGUCCCCAACCGACGACGACGAGGACUGUCUCACGUGGGUCUAUCAUUCUCACGUCAACACUCCCCGCGAUGCCAACUCGGGCCUUGUCGGCAUUCUGAUCACCUGCAAACCAGGUACAUUGGAUACACUGGCUCAGAAGUACAGAAAGCAAUAUGCAUUAUUUUUGACCGUGACUGAUGAAAAUGAAAGCUGGUUGAUUGACGAGAACAUUAAACUAUUUGCGACAAAUGCUUCAGCUGUUGAUAAAGAGGAUCCCGAUUUCAUGGAAAGCAACAAAAUGCACGGGAUAAAUGGAAGACUUUACGCGAAUCUGGAAGGACUGACAGCUUGUGUAGGGGACACAAUACUGUGGCAUCUCGUGGGUUUUGGCUCUGAAGUUGACAUUCACACCCUCAGGAUCAGCGGUCACUCAUUCUUGUCGGACAAACACAGGAUUGACUCGGUCAGCAUGAAUCCUGUUGACUUCAUGACAGCCACGAUGGAGGUAAACUCGGAAGGAAAAUGGCGCAUCAACUGCAAUGUUGACGACCACAUCAAUGCUGGAAUGGUUGCCCUGCUUGAUGUCGCCGAAUGUCCAUAUGUCGUCAGUAAACGUUUCUCCUUGGCUGAUGCCCACACAUUUCGAAACUACUACAUCGGCAUAGACAUCCUGCCCUGGAACUAUGCACCAUCAGGCAGGAACCUCUUUGAUGGUACAUCCCUUACCCAGCCCGGAAGCCCGUCUGAAAUCUAUGCCAAGAAGGACGGUGGUCACAUUGGCCUCAACUAUUACAAGGCAGUAUUCCGGGAGUACAACGACACUUCCUUUAAACACCCCAAGCAGCGUGGACCAGACGAAGUGCACCUAGGGUUACUAGGACCUGUCAUUCGAACAGAAGUAGGCGAUGUCGUUGCUGUAACCCUACAUAACAACGCAGACCGGUCUUACUCCAUCCAUCCUCACGGCGCCGUUCUUCUCAAGAUGUACGAAGGCGCCCUCUACAACGACAGCGACCCCAACAAAAAAGACGACCUGGUAAAGCCGAAGCAGAAGGUAACGACGUACUGGUUCAUCCCCGAGAACAUGGGGCCGGGGCCCGCUGAUCCCCCCUGCAUCACCCGCCUGUACACGUCAUCGUCGCUGGACGUGGUGCGGGACUCCAACGCCGGUCUGGUCGGGCCCAUCCUCAUCUGCCGCCGAGGGGCGCUGGGAAAAGACAAUAAACAGAUUCAGAUUGAUCGAGAGUAUUUCUUGAUGUUUUCUGUCUGGGACGAGAAUCUGUCUUGGUACUAUAACUUCAACAUUUUAGUUAGCGGUGUCUCUAUCGCCGAAAAUGCGGAAUCUGAGUUCCAGGAGUCCAAUCGCAUGCACGGUAUCAACGGAUAUAUUUACGGCAAUUUGCCAGGCCUGGACAUGUGCACGGGGGAUCGCGUGUCGUGGCACGUGCUUAGCACAGGCAACGAGGCUGACGUGCACAGCGUCUACUUCCACGGUCAUGACGUCACCGACUUCGACACCCGCCGCAGCGCCGUCCCCCUCCUGCCGGGGCUCACCAAGACGCUGUACAUGCACACCACCAACCCGGGUGAGUGGGCUCUCGUCUGCCGCACGAAUUCUCACUACACAGCAGGCUCCAUUGCCCUCUACAACGUCAGCGACCACUGCGGCCUGACACGCGAGUACAACAUGGGGCCCAACGACGUCUUCAACCGGCCCCGGCGAGUCUACUACAUACAGGCUGAGGAGGAGUUUUGGGAUUACGCCCCCUUCGGGGUAGAUAAUAUUACUGGGACGCCUUUCAGUAAUCCCGACUUCGACGGAUACAUCUUUACGAGGUCUGAUCCUCCAUUUUUGGGUAAACGUUACAAAAAGGUCCGCUAUCAUCAGUACACUGAUGCCACGUUCACAACCGAGAUCCUGCGAGAGGACGACGAACAGUUCAUGGGCAUCCUUGGACCAGUCAUCAAAGCAGAGUAUCUGGACAUUAUCGAAGUGCACUUUCGGAAUAACGCCUCAAGGCCGUACUCUAUUCACGCCCAGGGUCUUUUCUACAACAAAAGCUACGAAGGUUUGGCUUAUGGAAGUAACCCCCAGAUCACGUCAACCUCUCGUGGUGUGAACCCCGGCGAAACUGUGACGUAUGUGUGGUCAGUGCCCCUGGACUACGCGCCGGCCACCGGCGACCCCAACUGCAUUAUACAGGCCUACUACUCGGGUGUCGACCCUCAGAGGGACACAAACUCUGGGCUCGCCGGACCGUUGGUGAUCUGCAAGCCUGGAAUUCUUAAUUCCCGAGGAAAAAGAAAUGACGUGAGCAAGUCAGUGCCUCUGUUGUUUAGCAUCUUCAACGAAAAUAACAGCUGGUACAUCGAGGAGAACAUCAGACUGUUUGGCACUGCCGAGUCUGCCAGUAACCCUGACUUCGCAGAAAGCAAUCUUCUGCAUACUAUCAACGGCUACUUAUACGGAAACAACCCUCCAAUAACUAUUCCCCAGUACGACCUGGUUGACUGGCAGCUCAUGACCUUGGGAUCCGAACUGGAUAUCCAUGAUGUUCAUUUCCAUGGUAACGAGAUCACGGUGUAUGAGAGCGGCACACACCACCGGGAUGUAACGCAGCUGUAUCCGGGCAUCUUCCGUGACGUCACCAUGAACGCCACCAUGCCCGGGAAGUGGCUACUGCACUGCCACGUGCACGAUCACAUCAAAGCCGGCAUGGAGACCUUCUACACCGUCGUCAAGAAGAGAGUCACCAAGCCUACGACGCCCUUUAGUUUCGGUAACGUUGACGCCAACUGAGGCCGUACAGAGACAUUGUGCAGGGACAGGUUUAGCGUGUAGAUACAAAUGAUACUGAUUCAUUGGUUAAUUUGACGAUGACAACAAGGUAAUGCAGGACAAGGCCUAAUAUAAGAUAGACAUUCAAUGAAUUGAUUCAAUGUGUUGUGUCUUGGAUAUUUGUUUUUCAGACAAGAGAAAGUCAUUGGUUACCACAAUGAGAACCUUUGUUGACAUGCUCUUUAUGAGAUAAUAAAGUUCUCGUGCAUCUUUGA